GGAUCGAAGCACGACUAUAAAACCCUUGUGUAAAAUUCAUUAGUAAAGUAAACCUACAGUUCAAGUCGAAUAAACUACCCGCGUUUAACAUUUCCAAAUGGCGCCGAAAUUGGCUUGUGCGUUAGUCGCAUAUUGGCUGUUUUAUGUUCUAGUUUCCAUGGAGUGUUCUAUUGUAAAGCCUAAUAAUAUUCCUAGAAUUGGCAGGAGCGAUGAAAGUGCCGGACCUUUUGACCAAAACUCCAUGGGAUACGUAAUAAAAACAAAUAAAAACAUCCCACGAAUGGGGAGAAGGAAUUACGAUUCGGUAAGUUGAUAAAGUAAGAGGUAGUAACCUAUGAAGUUUUCUUUGGCGCAAAAUAUACAUGGACGUUUAGUGCUUGGCAUUUGGAUGUCGCUUGGUGCUAUUGAGUGGCUACGCUCAAUAGCAAAUACCUAUACAUCGUAAUUUGUAAGAGCUCCGUUGGUGUAACUAUAUAAGCACCCAGAGAAAUAACAGCAAGCAAGCACGGACCUGAAAAAAAGUCGGUCAAAAAGUUCUUUUUUCAGGUCCGUGCAAGCAAGUUACGAUUUCGGGAGUCCAAGUCUACAGCUUAUUUUUAGUUAGAUUUCGUUUCCGUAACGCGGCUCGUUACGACAUCCCAAAGUUUUACCAGUUACCAGGGGAAAAUUAUGUUCAAUAUGGAGAAGAUCGAUUAGCUGAAUAUAAUCAAGAUGAAAGUUUUCCAUUUGGUGAUCGUUAUGAAGCUAAGAAGAAAUAACUCCUACGUAAAACUACGCUCAAAAAAUAUCUACUGCCUUGAAUUUACGGACAUUAAAUGAAUUACAUUCUAGUCAUUGCUAAAGUUACGUGUAGUUUUUUGAUAUUUCAAUAAAAUUUGCAUUGCAAGGAUUGAAUUAUUUGAAACUGAAGCGUGUAACCUGAGAAUAAUAAUUACGUGAAACGAAGCGAUUUAUAAGCUGUCAAGUGUCAAAAUAAGUGAAAUGUCACAGUUGUAAGCCGCCGACAUUGGAGAGCCACAACACAUUAUUGUUUUCUCACUCGUUCUCAGUAAGAAGUGAAUCUUUUGUCUCUGUUGCGUGUAAGUAUGACACUAGUUCGAUUUAGUAGCGUUAUUCCAAAAUAAUUUUUAUUCCACUCUGUUGUGGAAGAAAAACAUAUUAUUUGAGACUUUUACAUCUAAAUUCAUCGUGAAAUUAAAUUAGUUUCGAAAUGGUGCUAACUGCGGACUUAACAUUGCCCGAAGAAUCGGAACUUACUGUUCCUGAGGUGAAUUUAUCUACAGCUACUUUGUUUGCUGGGUCUUUUCAUCUAGGGAAAUAUUGUGAACAAGCUAAUAAUGAAUUUAUGCUUUGUCGGAUGGAGGAAAAUGACCCGCGUAAGUGCAUCAACGAGGGCAAGGUAGUCACUGCUUGCACAAUGGAAUUCUUCAGGAAAGUGAAGAACUCUUGUAUGAGCGAAUUCAACCAAUAUGCAAACUGUGUGGACAAGAGUUCUGGUGAUUACAGCUUAACAAAAUGUCGCAAAACUCAAGGAGUGUAUGAUAACUGCAUGCUGGAGAAACUGAACAUAGAGAGACCUAAGUUUGGUUAUUUCUGUGAAGCUCGUGUCCAUGAUACUAAGAGACCGAAGCCACCUGUGGAGCCAAAGGCGGUUUAUCCGGACGCGACCCCAGCGUUGCCUGACGACAGGGAGAAGGUGCCUGCGCGCUUCGGGUCACGUUUCUACUGGAUGACCGAGUAAAUCAGAUUUACAAAUUUCCAUUCAGCAACAGAACAUCUGUACAUGUUAAUAGUAACAUAUUGAAUUUCCGGUAAUCAUUUAACUGUUCAGUUUCCAAUUUAUCUGGAAUCUUUUUAAUGUAUUUAUUUUUGAAAAUGUUAUUGGUUCUAAGGAUAAUAAGAAAAAUAGAGACUAAGUAGGUAUAUUGUAAGCAAACUAUUUUAAUUCAAUCAUGUUUAUCGUUUCUGUAAUAUGUUACUUUAUGCAUCAAUAAAACUAUAUAAAUGUGUAGAC